UGCUCCUUCGGUCCACACGGCGGGACACGAGAGAGACGGAGGAGCGACGCACCGCGAAUCUGCCGAAAAACACCGAGAGCGAAGGGACUUUACACAGCCGCCGUCAUUUGGACGCUCGAGGAAUAACGAUAAACCUGUAGCGGUCCCUGGCGACUGAUGCAGUCCGUUUCUGAACAGUCUGAGCUCUGUCUGAGGGGUUUAAACAAAGGUGGUCCCCUGUCACGGGGGGAAGAUAUGAUCUUUAAGAUAAGACGGUUUGGUGUCAUGCAACAAGUAUAAAUGCACAUUGAUGAGCAGAGGGAGACAGGCUGGCGAAGGCGAAAGAAGUGGAUUUUUUGAGGGGAGCAGUAGAGGAUCGUGUGCAGGAGAUGUCUCUGUGGAUGAUAUUACCCGUCAGCCUCCCAGCUCUGACCAUCACUGGAAUAUGGGUCGUGUAUGCCAUGGCCUUGUAUAACCAACAUGUCUGUCCUGUGGACAACUGGAUGUAUAACCAGUCAUGUGACGUGGAUCUGCCAAUGCAGAGGGGACCAACCAUGUGCUGUACUCUGGACAAUGUUCCUCUCAUAAGUAAAUGUGGCACACUUCCUCCAGAGAGCUGCUUCUUCAGUCUCAUCUGCAGCACUGGAUCCUUUAUGGUGAUGGUGAUAGUGUUGCUCCACUAUGCCCAUGUGAUAGAGAAGCACCAGAACUGUGUGUUAAACACAGCAAGUCUCUCCACCGGCUGGAUCUGUGCUGCAGGACUCAUCAUGGUCGGCAACUUCCAGGUGGAUAACGCUAAGGUUCUUCACUAUGUUGGAGCAGGGGUAGCCUUCCCCACCAGUAUGCUGUUUGUGUGUCUGCAGUCUGCGCUGACCUACCGCCUGGCGAAGACUCAGGGAGAAUAUAAUUUGGGUCAUUUGCGCCUCUUUAUGACCCUGCUGGCCUUUGUGGCCCUGGUGCUUAGCGGGGUGUUUUUCGUCCAGGAGAGUUUUGUUCUGCAACAUGCAUCAGCUAUUUUUGAGUGGGUCUUCUGUGUCAUUAUUAUGCUUUUCUACGGCACCUUCGCUUUUGAAUUCGCCGGGAUAUCUAGUGACACAAUGAUGGUGCUGGCCCGAGGGCAAUCUCUACAGUCCGUAAGCCGAGACCACAAAAUGGAGUCUCUUGCUGGGGCCAGUCAGCACCAGUGUGAGAGCCUGUCCAUACUGUAACCUCAGUGUCCUGUAUCUCUCUCAACACUAGAAAAAAACACUACAACUGCAGAGUGAAAGUAACAGAAACUGGACAUGGCUCUCAUAUACCUUUGCCAAAGAAUCCAGCUCAGAUUUUGCACAUUUUCGAGAGACUUCUUCACUCUCCAGGGACCUUUUGAAUCGCACAGCUUCCAUGCUGGGAAAAACAAAGAUCAUUGCCUGGAUGUGUUGGAGUUUCAAUUAGAUCUCAUUGUGAUUUUUAAGUAUCUGCAUUACUUGGAUAAAAGAACUACAGACUACAUGCGUCCAUUGGUGAAACCAGAGGACCACUACACCAAUGGUGUAGUAAACUAAACCGAAGCCUUUUGAAACCAUCAACACUCAAGCAUUUUAAGAUAGUGCCUCGAAACAGAUGCUAUUGUGCCAAUUCCAGACAAUGGAUCCCAAAAUGCUGAUGUUUUCUGUGCCUUUAGGUUUUUUUCAAAGGCGGAGAUGGCUAAAUAACAUUUUAUUGUCACAUAUCUCUGCUGUCUGUUAAUUGAUCAAGGUUUUUAAUUUUGCCUUAAUCACUGUAUGCUGUCUGAAAUUUUUUCAGAUGAUUGUCAUUAACAAUGUGCCUUAAACCAAAAACCAAAUAGCGAUAUUUAAUAGAAAUGUACUGUAUGUCCAUAGUCAAGCUGCCUUGAAUACAUAAGGCAUGUUUUUUGUGUGUUUUUUUUUAUAUGCAGCAAAUAUUAUGCUGGUUGUAAACAACUAAGCUGAACGAGAUCAGCAAAAACCUCUCGUGAAACAGGCGCAUAAGCUUAUCACAUUAAGUCGCCAGUAAUUGGUGCCAUUCCAGAUGUCAUGUUAGAGUCUAUGAGUAUUGCUGUGCAUUGUGACCAAAUGUAACUGAGAAGAGAGUUUGUCUUGAGGUCAGUGUGUUCAUAGCUUUCCCUCUUUCUGACGCUGUAGGAAUUGUUGUUGUGUGUGUGUGUGUGUGUGUGUGUUGGGGUUUUAUGGGAGUUGGUUACAAGGAAGCGUCUUGAAAUGAAAGACUGAGUUUUCUCAGAAGCUGCCCUUUAAUGUAAAGGGUGACUAGUUUAGGUGUUCUUAGAUGUACAGUAGGUCUCUGUGAGCUGUUUUUUUUUUUGCAGACAAAAUUACUUGCAGCAGGACUGCAAGUUCAGAAUUGAUUUUGUUUUGAAAAACAGAUGCAAUUUGGUUUACAUCGGUCAAAUGUUUUCACAUUACCAGCGUGACAAAAAAAAAAAUCAUAUUGUUCCUCAAUUACUAUCAAGGGAGUUUUGUCAUUUAAUUUGUCUGGAUAAUAGCCAUAUUUAUAAUUGAUCCUACCCGUUGCGUCCUGAAAACAUAUUUCAUGUCGUUUCAGUUUACUAAUUCACUUCGCUCAGGAAUUUCAGACCUGUCUUUUGCUUUCACAUAUCUUCUCUCUGCAUUGAAGACUGCGUCGAUCCACCAGAUAUAAGUAAAAGUUUGACCAUUUCCGUUACUUGUGUAGAAUAGUUCCUUCAUAGAGAGCUUUAUUUUGCUUCAGUUGCAUCUUGUAAUACUGUUAACCUCAUAAUUUGAUUUGCUUUGUGGUUUAAACCAUUGUCUCGGAUAUAUUUCUGAUAUUGUUUAAAGAAAUCGUUAGUCCAAAAAUAAAAAAAUCACUAUAUAGCCACUUUCAUUUGGUUUCAAAUUCAAAUGCUGUUACGUUUCCCGUGGAAGUAAAAAGAAGAUAUUUGAAGAAUUGUUGUGCAGCUCUGUUCCUCACUGGACAAUUCACACCAAUGACCACCAUAAAAGUAGCUCAUUUUGUGUAUUUCAAUUGUUCAGUUGUUCCAAACAACCAGCAUCUUCCAAAGUUUGCAAAAAUUCAGAUUUUGUGUUCCACAGAGACAAAUAAAUAAAGAUGUCAAUGAGGGUGAAAAUUUCAUUUUUGACUAGUCCUUUAAAAAACAGUUAAAAGUCAUUUUUUUCUGCAUUACCUUUUGCCUAGACCUGUGUUCCUUCAUGCAUUAUCUAUUUGUUUGCUUAAUCUUGGACUCUGACAGUCAAUAGCUAUACUGCUGCAAACCUGCUGUCAUCAUUCAACAAGACUCUGCCACACAUCAGCAUUUAAUGACAUACCAGAUAGCAAAAAUAACGUGCCUUUGUUUCAACCAGAGAUUGGAGAAAUGUUUUGGAGUUUUAAUGGCAGGAUGUGUUUGAUUGUGCUGUAAUUUUACCUUAAAAUGUAUGGAAAUAAAGCAGAAUCAGACAUUACACUCA